GAAUCUCGCGAGAUGUGAGCGCGGUGGCGGCGGCGGCAUCAUCCUGUGCGGGCAGCGGAGGUGCUGGGAGACCGGGGGGACCGGAGCCAGAACAUGCUACAACUUUGAAGAUGUUUUUUAUUUUAUUUUUAUUGUGAAGCAAACAACAAAUAGGACAAAAUAACAGAAAACGUCAGCGUGCAAAACUAUUCACCCCCCUAAAGCCUGGAAAAUCGUUGGCAUCUGAAGUGUCCUAUGAUUGUGACUUAUCUGGAGGGUUCCGUUCAUUUUCUUCUACACCGUGUGUUUCCAUCACUUAUUUAUGUAACCAAGACGCUAUGUUCAGCACAGCAGAAACUGUAAACGUAGUCCAGAUGGGCUUCUCACCGCCCCGCCACAACCACAGAGUAACUUGUGUAUUAAAUCGUGGAUAAAGCGGACUCUCGGAAAGCCUGCAUGACCCUGCCCGAUAUUUUCUUUGGCAAAACAAGCUUUGUGCUGACAUUACUGUUACGUGCUGUAAAAUGAAAUUUCCAUUUUAUUGGCUCGUUACUACUCAAGCGGAGUAAUUACUCUCCAGAGUUCGCUAAUCCAAAAUCCUGUUGGCAUGGCUACGGACCCGACGUGAUUGCUUGGCGGCACUCUUGGACUCAAUGAGUGGAUACACCAUGCUGCGCAAUGGGGGAUUUGGGAACGGAGGCCAGCCUUGGAUGCUCCGUUGGUCCAGCCGGAUCAGGCUCUCGUGGCUCAGCUUCACAUUGUUCAUCAUCCUGGUUUUCUUCCCCCUGAUCGCCCACUAUUACCUCACCACCAUCGAUGACGCCAAUAACGCAGGCAAGCCAAUUUUCGGCCCCCGGACAGGAAAUGAACUCUGCGAAGUGAAGCACGUUCAAGAUCUGUGCCGGAUACGAGAGUCGGUAAGCGAAGAGCUCCUGCAGUUGGAGGCCAAGCGGCAGGAGCUCAACAGCGAGAUCGCUAAGUUAAACCUAAAGAUCGAGGCAUGUAAGAAAAGCAUAGAGAACGCAAAGCAGGACCUCCUUCAGCUCAAGAACGUCAUCAGUCAGACGGAACAUUCAUACAAAGAACUGAUGGCACAAAACCAGCCAAAACUUUCAUUGCCAAUACGGCUGUUGCCGGAGAAAGACGAUGUUAACAUACCAUUGCCAAAGUCCAAAGGGGACUGCCGGCUGCAUAACUGUUUCGACUACUCGCGGUGCCCGCUCACUUCUGGGUUUCCCGUAUUUGUCUACAACAGCGAUCAAUACCCUUUUGGCAACUUCAUAGAUCCUUUAAUCAAACAAGCCUUGGAGGCAAGCGUCAGAACUAAUGUCUAUGUGACUGAAAAUGCAAAUAUUGCUUGUAUAUAUGUAGUUUUAUUAGGAGAAAUGCAGGAACCGGUGAUGCCAAAACCUACUGAAUUGGAGCAACAAUUGCACUCUUUGCCAUAUUGGAGGACUGAUGGUCACAACCAUCUAAUCAUUAAUUUGUCCAGGAAAUCGGAGACCCAGAACUACCUUUAUAAUAUCAGCACAGGGCGCGCCAUGCUUGCCCAGUCUACCUUUUAUGAUUCCCAGUAUCGGCCUGGCUUCGAUAUAAUUGUGUCGCCAUUAGUCCAUGCAAUGUCUGAACCAAACUACUUGGAGAUCCCGUUGCAGGUGCCGGUGAAGAGGAAAUACCUGUUCAGCUUCCAAGGUGAGAAAAUCGAAUCGCUGAGGUCAAGCUUGCAGGAAGCGCGCUCGUUUGAGGAGGAAAUGGAAGGCAACGCUCCAGCUGAUUAUGACGACCGCAUCAUCACCACUCUUAAAGCUGUCCAGGACAGUAAGUUAGACUUUGUCAUGGUUGAGUUUACGUGUAAAAUCCAACCUAAGGAAAGUCUGCCCACUGAGUGGGCUCUAUGUGGGGGAAGGGAAGACCGAUUAGAGCUACUGAAACAGUCCACUUUUGCACUGAUCAUUACCCCGGGAGAUUCCCAGCUUGUUAUAUCUGCUGGCAGUGUCAUGCGUCUCUUUGAGGCUCUCGAGGUGGGAGCCAUCCCAGUCAUACUCGGGGAACAGGUCCAGUUACCCUACCAUGACAUGAUACAGUGGAAUGAGGCAGUUCUAAUCAUACCUAAACCACGUAUCACAGAAGCGCAUUUUCUCUUGAGGAGCAUAUCUGAUAACGACCUCCUCUCCAUGAGGAGACAAGGACGGUUCUUGUGGGAAACCUACUUUUCAACAUCGGAUACAGUUUUUAAUACCAUCUUGGCAACUGUAAGGACUCGUAUCCAAAUUCCAGCUGCCCCCAUCAGAGAAGAACCAGCCGUGGAAAUUCCUCAUCGUUCUGGCAAAGCCGCCGGUACAGAUCCAAACAUGGCGGACAACGGAGACUUGGAUUUGGGUCCAGUUGAAACCGAGCCACCCUAUGCCUCCCCUAAAUAUCUGCGUAACUUCACACUGACAGCGACUGAUAUCUACCGUAACUGGAAUUCGGCUCCGGGUCCGUUCCACCUGUUUCCUCACACACCGUUUGACCCGCUUCUGCCCUCUGAGGCAAAGUUCUUAGGAUCUGGAACCGGGUUUCGGCCAAUUGGUGGCGGUGCUGGUGGAUCGGGAAAAGAGUUUCAGGCUGCCCUUGGUGGAAAUGUACCUAGGGAACAAUUCACUGUGGUUAUGUUAACUUACGAACGCGAGGAAGUGUUAAUGAACUCUUUGGAAAGGUUGAACGGUCUCCCGUACUUAAACAAAGUUGUUGUGGUUUGGAACUCUCCCAAGUUACCGUCUGAGGACCUCCUGUGGCCUGACAUCGGUCUACCCAUUGUGGUGGUGCGCACGGAAAAGAACAGCCUUAAUAAUCGCUUUCUCCCUUGGGAUGAGAUAGAGACAGAAGCCGUUCUCUCCAUCGAUGAUGACGCUCAUCUUCGCCAUGAUGAAAUCAUGUUCGGUUUCCGUGUCUGGAGGGAGGCCCGCGACCGGAUUGUUGGCUUUCCGGGACGGUACCACGCCUGGGAUAUUCCUCACCAGUCCUGGCUCUACAACUCUAACUAUUCCUGCGAGCUGUCCAUGGUGCUGACCGGAGCUGCCUUCUUCCACAAGUACUACGCCUAUCUGUACUCCUAUGUCAUGCCGCAAGCUAUCCGGGACAUGGUGGAUGAGUAUAUUAACUGUGAGGAUAUCGCCAUGAAUUUCCUCGUCUCCCACAUUACCCGGAAGCCUCCUAUCAAGGUUACAUCCCGCUGGACGUUUCGCUGCCCAGGCUGCCCGCAGGCUCUCUCUCACGACGAUUCUCACUUCCACGAGCGUCACAAAUGCAUUAAUUUCUUCGUAAAGGUGUACGGGUACAUGCCGCUACUGUACACCCAGUUCCGGGUGGACUCUGUGCUCUUCAAGACCCGGCUACCACACGACAAGACAAAGUGUUUCAAGUUCAUCUAACGACUUUGCGCCGGAAGCCCAGAGAGGCGGCGGACGUCACCCUGCUCUCGGACUUUGCCUCAAGUGUUUUUUGCUCCAGUCUUAAAUGAACUAUAGAAAAAUAUGUACACUAGGAAACUUAGGAUACACUGAAGGACAAUGGGGACUGCAGUCAGAAUCCAAUUGUACUUUUUUUUUUUUUUACGUAAAACGGCCAAGGGAAUUACGUUUCUAUUGGAUUAUUUUUAUUAUUUUUAUAACCAUACAAAUAUUUAACAUUUGUCUGGUGGACCCUAUGAUUUCUCUGUAAAAUUUAACGCUGCGCAAGUUGUGCACAAACGGUUCGAUCACCAAAAUAGACAGUCAAUCUGGAAUGUCUGCUCCGAUAUGACCCCCUCCCCAAUUCCUCAUCUACACUGUAUACUUUAUUCUUCCCAUCCAAAGACUAUAAAUCUAGUAUACAUGGAUUGUUCUUGUUGUCCUCGAGAGAUGCAGAAGGCAGCUGUCUACAGCUAGCUCUUAAGAUGUACCAAUAAAGCACAGAAGCACCACUUCAUGACAGAUCUUACCUCUGUACGAUAAUAAAUUGCUGUACAGGUCGAGAGAUGUACAUACUGUAA